UAUAAUUAUACGCAACUUAAACGGUGUACAUACUUCAACGGUGUGCAUUUAAACAUGUUGAAAAGUGGGUGGAGAAUUUACCAAUAAACUUUACUCUAAUUUCGAUUUUAAAUGAGAGAAAUUCGACGUUGAAUCCAAAGGAGAACAAUUGCGAUCCCUGUUUAAGAGAGGGAUUUAAAGUCAAGGCUAUUGUUUACUGCUAUGAUUGUUCAGAAAAGCAAUUGUACAUAUUAGUCGUAUAGAUAAAUGGCAACAGCAAAUAAAGUUUUUGUUCGUGAGGAUUACUUUUAUUGUAGCAUCUGUUUGGAGAUAUUUAACACACCCAGGACAUUACCAUGUUUACAUACAUUCUGUCAUUCAUGUUUAGAGGGAUAUAUCCAAAAGAUUCUAGAUAAACCUGGCAAGCAGAAGUUGUUUUGUCCUAGUUGUAGGGCAGAUACGAAAACUGAUAUCCUUCAGUUAAAACAUGUUGAAAAGUGGGUGGAGAAUUUACCAAUAAACUUUACUCUACUUUCGAUUUUAAAUGAGAGAAAUUCGACGUUGAAUCCAAAGGUGAACAAUUGCGAUCCCUGUUUAAGAGAGGAAAUUAAAGUCAAGGCUAUUGUCUACUGCUAUGAUUGUUCAGAAAAGCUGUGCGAAGAAUGUAAAAGACACCAUAGGAAAAGUAAACUAUCAUCCAAUCAUAAAUUAAUUGACGCUAAAGACGGUUGUGUGGAAAAAAUGGACUUGUCUGAACUCGAAUAUUUCUCAAACCUUUCAAAAUGUCCAAAGCAUGGUUCUGAGGAUGUGAAGUAUCUCUGCAAAGAUCAUGAUCAGCUCUGUUGUAGUGACUGUUCAAUAGUUACACAUAGAAAGUGUGAAGAUUUGGUCUCGCUUGCUGAUGAAGUGGAAGGCAACGAAAAAGAAAAUGGUGAAUCUGACAUACAAAAGAGACUUGAGGUUGUUGGUGAUCACACUGACAAAUUGAUUGAACACGAGACUAAGUACAAAUCAGACCUAAUCACAAAGGAAAACGAAGUCAAGAGUUGUCUGAAGGAUUUUAAAGCAAAUUUAGAGGACGCGUACAACAAACUUGAGAAGAGAAUCCUGUUAGAAAUGUCAACAAGAAAAUUGGCAUUAACAAAAGCCAGUUCUUUACAGAAAAAGUCUGCUGCAGAAAGGCUGAGAGAUAAUGUUAGGCAAUCAGCUGAAAAGCUAAAGAAAGCAUACGAGUUGGGAACAGCCAGGUACGGUUUCCUACUUAAAAGAGAAAUGGUGAAAGAUAUGAAAGUAUAUGAGGAAACAUUUACAGGACUUCAACAGCAAUCAAGCAAAACUUUACUAACCAUAACUGAGGCUAGUCCAGUUCAAGAAGCUGUCAAAGUCGUUCAUGAUCUCUUCAAAGUAGAAGAAUCUAUGAUAGAGUCACUAUCACCUUUCAUGAUGAGAGGGAGAGACUUCAAAGAUAGAAAAAUGACUUUAAUGAAAGAAUUUGAUCUACAAAUGAAAAGCCUCGAUAUUGUCUAUGGAUGGAAAAUUCUAUCGUAGUAGUUUUUUAUUCUAGUGAGACAAUAGUCGCGUCAAAUUCUGAAAAUGGUUCAGUUUUAUCAUCUUACAAAUGUUCUUCUUCACCGACAGGUUUAGUAACUUUAGAAAACGGGGAAUUUGCUGUUGCCUUGCCAGCGUCGAACAAAAUUGAUAUACUGAAGAUUCACGAGAAUCAGAUGUCCUACGUUAGACUGUUGGUGAAUUCAAGAUCACACCUGAUUGCGUACAGUAGACUGAAUAAACAGUUAUUGGCAAUGUCAAGAUAGGAAGGGAUAAUAAGAAAAUUUACUCUUGAAGGUAGAAAUGCUGGAGAAAUUAAAUUUAGCAGUAAAAGUCGUACUGACAUAGGGAACACCUUUAACAUUUACUUUGAUAACGAAUACAAUCGCAUCUAUAUUUCAUCAUAUGAUUCUUGCCGACUACUUUGCGUUGACGCAUCUGGAAAAUUAGUAAUCCAGUACGAAAUCGAAUAUCCAUGGUCUGUUAUAACAGACACUCAAGGGAAUGUAUAUGUCGCAAGUUACACUAGUAACUGUAUCCAACAACUAAGUCGUGAGGGACAAUUGCAGAGGGAGAUUAUAUCAGCGAAUAAUGUUCAACUUUCAAUGGCUAUGUCAUUCAAUAACCAAAUGAACAGAAUGGUUAUAGCAUGUGCUAGUUCGAACAACAAAAUGCAGAUAUAUCAGUAUGAAUAGAACAUGAUGUUGUGAACCUUGUUUAACGAUAAUAAAUUGAUAUGAAAGCAAGUAUCUGCUAGUAGGGCUGUUCACAAAACAUGUUUUAGAUGAAUACGAAUAUAUGUAAUGUGUUUAAACUUAUACCCCUCAUGUAAGCAUUAAACAGUGUCAAGGACGUACAAGACGAUAUUUAAAGUUAACGGAAAGAUUAAUACAAGUUUCAACUGUCAUUGGUCAGCUAUAGAUAGUAACUGCGUUUCUUUGCUGAUCUGAAAGUUAUUUCGAUAGAUAUGCCAUUUACUGAUUAGUAAUAAUUUGUGUUUUGCAGAAAAUAAUUGAAAUUGAGAGAAGUAAGAGGAUAGACUUUCUUAACGAUCGCUUGUGUUCUUAUUUACCAAAAGCUUAAACGAUGAACUGACGAAGUUAUUGAAGUGAACUUGUCGCUUGCAUGAUCAUUCUUGCUGAGUAGCAGAUUUAACUUAACUGCGUUUUAACAGUUUGAUAUGUAUAGCAAUAUGUGCGUAACCUAAAUAAAUGACUGCAUACUGCACAUUAAAGUAAUAUUUUAUCAUAUGAACAUCUAUCAGUAGAAGUCAAUAAACAGUUCACCAA